UAUUAACUUGUGACUGAACUAAUUUCUUGUAUUCUUUAUUACUAGAUUUAUGAUGAAGUAUCGCCAACAACGUUACCAGCGAUAUCUAAUACACCACCGAUUACAAAAGCUUCAAUCAAAUUACAAACGGGUGAUCCAAUAGAAAUUACUUUCGAAAACGUUUCUUUUUCAUAUCCAAGUCGAAACAAGAAACUAGCACUUGAACAUGCUUCAUUUCGAGUAAAGACUGGUUCAACUGUAGCAUUCGUAGGUGGUUCUGGCAGUGGUAAAAGUACAUGUAUACAGCUUUUACUACGUUUCUAUGAUCCAACUGAUGGUCAUAUUAAAAUUAAUGGACAUCAAAUUCAAGAAUAUGACAUCAAUAAUUUACGUCAAACCAUAGGUCUUGUCAGUCAAGAACCAAUCCUUUUUGCAACUUCAAUUAAAGAUAAUAUUAGUUAUGGUAAACAGGAUUCCACAUACGAGGAAAUUGUUGAAGUAGCUAAACAAUCUAAUGCUCAUGAUUUCAUUAUGAAACUUCCAAAAGCUUACGAUACAUUAGUUGGCGAACGAGGUGUGCAGUUAAGUGGUGGUCAACGACAACGUAUUGCUUUAGCACGUGCUCUCAUACGUAAACCUAGUUUACUUUUACUUGACGAAGCUACAAGUGCACUAGAUUCAUCCAGUGAAAAAUUUGUUCAGGAAGCGCUCGAUCGUGCUGUAGAAGGUCGAACAACUCUUAUUGUUGCACAUCGUUUGUCAACAAUUCGGUAUGCUGAUUGGAUAAUAGUUAUGAAAGAUGGUUCAAUUGCUGAACAAGGUUCACAUUAUGAUCUUAUGGCAGCUAAAAAUAUUUACUAUGAAUUAGUUACCAAACAACAGAUGAAAAUGGUACAUUCUGAUACAACGAUGCCAACAGAUUUGGAAGAAGUUGAUAUUGAUAAGAUAGAAACAAAUGACACACAGUCAACCGAUGAUAUUCAGCUCGAACAAAGAGACAAUGAUGAAAUAUCAAAUAAAGUUGAAGAAAUACUUCCUGAAGUUGAACAGCAUAAAUCAGGUUCACUUCAUUCGUUAUUUAAAUUAUUUAAAUUAAAUGCUCCUGAAUGGCCUUACUUAAUAGUCUACGUUUGCCUCGCAGUAGCUGGUGGACGACUGACGAAUCGAAUACGAACUAAAGCAUUUGAAUGUAUGUUACAUCAAGAAAUAGGUUGGUUCGAUAUGCCUGAAAACAAUACUGGUUCUCUCUGUGCACGUCUUUCUACAGAUGCAUUGGCCGUUCAAUCUUUAACCAGUGCUCGACUUGGCUUAAUGAUUGAAUCACUAUCACUUCUGGUCAUUGCUCUUAUUAUUGGAUUAAUUUUUUCUUGGCAAUUAACCCUAGUUGUCUUCGCUUUAAUUACAUUUGAAUUGAUCGCAGCCAUUAUGGAUGUUCGACGAAAAAGUUUAAUACAAACAAAAGUCGAAACUAUAUUAGGAAAUGCCAAUGAACUUAUUACACAAAGUGUACGCAAUAUUCGUACAGUUUUUCAACUCAAUAGACAACAACAAAUGUUAAUUGAGUUCGAACAUAUCAUCGAUGAAACAUAUAAAGUUAUGCGCCCAAGUAUAUUCAAAGGUGCACUAGCAUUUGCAUUUUCUUUUCCAAUAGCGACAUUAGUAUUACCUUGUAUUGCUGAAUUAGCUAUUGUCCUGCUUAAUAACAAUCAGAUCGAUCCAGAACGUAUCGUUUUGUUAUUUGCCUUUGUACCAUUUACUUUCGAUGUAAUUCAAGUAUCAACAAUGGUUUCAUCGGAAUUAGGUGGAACAACAGCAGCAGCAAAACAUAUCAAUCAGUUACUUGAACGAACUCCUUUAAUUGAUAAUAUGUCCACAGAUGGAAAAAAACUUGAGAACUUUUCUGGGAUGAUCCAAUUUGAUAAUAUUACUUUUUCUUAUCCGACACGUAAAUUAAUAAAUAUACUCAAUGGCUUUCAAUUAACAAUACAGCCUGGUCAAAGUGUUGCGCUCAUUGGUUCAAGUGGAUGUGGUAAAUCAACUGUAACUCAAUUACUCGAACGAUUUUACGAAUAUAAUAAAGGACGUGUGUUACUUGAUGGUCAUGAUAUACGAACUUUGAAUCUAUCAUGGUUACGAGCACAAAUUGGUCUUAUUAGUCAAGAACCAGCUCUUAUGUUGGGUCUUACUAUUGGCGAAAAUAUAUCAUAUGGCUGUUCAUCACACACAUUCACUUAUGAAGAUAUUAUUAAUGCAGCUAGACGAGCUCAUUGUCAUAAUUUUAUAGAAGCAUUACCAAUGGGUUAUGAUACAGCUGUAGGAUUGAAUGGAACUUCAUUUUUAUCUGGAGGACAAAAACAGCGUAUUGCUAUUGCACGAGCUCUUUUUCGUAAUCCAAAAAUUUUAUUACUUGAUGAAGCAACGAGUGCGUUGGAUGUACAUAAUGAAAAGCUUGUUGAAGAAUCAUUGAAUGCUGCACGGCAAGAUAAUCCAUCACGAACUGUUAUUAUUGUUGCACAUCGUCUUUC